CUAGAAGAUGUUACAGAACUUCAAGCAAGAGAGAGGAGGACUGGAAUGAGGUCCUCCACUUCGGAAAAUAGGGAGAAGUUGCCAUGGGAGGUCCACUGCUUGCUGGAAAGGAAGAUGGUUGACUCUUCUGAGCAGCAGAGUCCUGCGGUCACCGUGGCCUGGCAUCCACUGUGCACCCCAUGCUGAUGGAUGGCUUAGGACGGGGCAGUUGCCUUUAGAGGUCCGCCACAUGCUGGCCUGACAGAUGCUCGUUUCUUCCAAGCAACGGAGUCCCCAUGGAGUCGUGGAGUCAUUAUGGCCUGCCAUCUAUGGUGCACCUCAUGCUGGCAGGUGGCUCAGGAUGAGCCAGUUGACAUGGGAGGCCCACUGCCUGCUAAAAGGAAGAUGCCCGAUUUUUCAGCGCAUCAGAAGAGGCUUCCUGGAUUCAGAGUGGCGUGGCCUCCAUGGUGCACCCUAUGCUGGUGGACGAGCGACGGGGCAGUUGCCUUGCGAGACCCACCAUGUGCUGCCGCAACAGAUGGUCGAAUGUUCCAGGCAGCGGAGUCUCCACGGAGUCUCGGAGUCAGUGUGUCCUGGCAUCCAUGGUGAACCUCCUGCUAGCGGGUGGCUCAGGACAAGGCAGUUGCCUUGAGGGGCCCGCCAUGUGCUGCCGCAACAGAUGGUCAAUUCUUCCAAGCAACAGAGUCCCCAUGGAGACGUGGAGUCAGUGUGGCCUGGCAUCCAUGGUGCACCUCAUGCUGGCAGGUGGAUCAGGACGGAGCAGUUAAUCAUGAAAGCUCUGCUGCUUGCUGGCAAGGAAGAUGGGCUAAUCUUCUGACCAAAGGAGGCUGCUUUGAGUUGUUGAUUCGGCAUGGCCUGGCAUCUACAGUGCACCCUGUACUGGUGGGUGGCUUCGGACGGGGCAGUCAUCAUGGAAAAUCUGCCAUAUGCUAGCAAGGAAGAUGGUCAGUUCUUCUGGAACACAAAGGCCCCCAGAGUCCUGGAGUCAGUAUGGCCUGGCCUCCGUGGUGCACUGCCUGCUGGUAGAUGGCUCAGGACGGGGCAGUUGCCUUGAGAGGCCCGUCAAGUGCUGCCGCAACAGGUGGUCGAUUCUUCUGAGCAACAGAGUCCCCAUGGAGUCGUGGAGUCAGUGUGGCCUGGCAUCCAUGGCACACCUCGUGUUGGCGGGUGGCUCAGGAUGGGACAGUUAUGAUGGGACGUCCCCCAUAACCUGGCAAGGAAGAUGGUCAGUUCUUCUGAGCCACAAAGGCCCCCGGAAUCCUGAUGUCGGUAUGGCCUGGCCUCCAUGGUGCACCCCUGCUGGUGGAUGGCUCAGGACGGGGAGUCACCUUGAGAGGCCCGAUGCAUGCUUCCACAACAGAUGGUCGAUUCUUCUGAGCAACCGAGUCACCAUGGAGUCACGCAGUCAGUGUGGCCCGGCAUCCAUGGUGCACCUCGUGCUGGCAGGUGGCUCAGGAUGGGUCAGUUAUCACGGGACGUCUGCCAUACGCUGGCAAGGAAGAUGGUCAGUUCUUCUGGGCUACAAAUGCCCCCGGAGUCCUGGAGUCAGUUUGGUCUGGCCUCUAUGGUGCACCCCUGCUGGUGGAUGGCUCAGGACGGGGAGUCACCUUGACAGACCCGAUGCAUGCUGCCAGAACAGAUGGUCGAUUCUUCCAGGCAGUGGAGGCCCCAUGGAGUGGUGGAGUCAGUGUGGCCCGGCAUCCGUGGUGCACCUUGUGAUGGCAGGUGGCUCAGGACGGGGCAGUUUCCACGGGACAUCCACCAUACACUGGCAAGGAAGAUGGUCAGUUCUUCUGGGACACAAAGGCCCCCAGAGUCCUGGAGUCCAAAUGGCCUGGAUCCAUGGUGCACCCCUGCUGGUGGAUGGCUCAGGACGGGGCAGUUGUCUGGAGAGUCCUGCCAUGUUCUGCUGCAACAGAUAGUCGAUUCUUCCAAGCAACAGUGUCCCCGUGGAGUUGUGGAGUCAGUGUGUCCUGACAUCUAUGGUGCACCUUGUGC